AUGAUAUUAACAACUUUACAAUCUCAUUUUUUUAGAAAAAAUAUUAUGAAAAUAAAUACACGUUGUUUAUGGCAAUGGAUCGAUGACACAUUCAAUCGUUUAGACGAUGAUCGUAUCAAAGAAAUUGGACCUAACUUGGCGUGUGCCGAAUGGCUUAUGAAAAAUGGGGCACGAGUAAGAUGGAAAGGUUGUAAGGAAUACGUCUGCCAUUAUGACUGCUUGCCAAACAUUACAUCAAUUCAUUUGAAACAAUUCCUAAUAGAACAAGUUUAUGCAGGAAGAGAUGCAUCAAUCUCACACAAAGGAUUUAGUUAUUUUAAAAACUGUAAAAAUAUUUCAAAAGUGGAAUUUGAUGGAUGCGAUUCGAUUGAUGAUGAAGCAUUAAGUAAACUUAAUAUAUUAAAAGAUUACAUCACAGAUUUGAAAAUUAAUGACUGUGUAAAUGUUUCUGACCAAGGAAUAAGGUCAUUGGAGCAACUUCAAGCAUUAAAAUAUUUGGAGUUGAAAAAUUUAAAAAUUUCAAGCCAACCAGUAAGUAUGAUUGAUCAUUUGAAAACUAAGUUACCAGAAUGUAAUAUACAAUAUUGUAAUGAAUUAUAA